AUUUCUCCUACCUUGGAAUGUGUCAAGACUGCCAAAGUUGAGAAUUCGGGAGAAGCUGAGGGGGAAAUUGGAGAUGAGAGAUGUUCUGAAUCUCCUUCUGUGAAAGUUGUGAAAAAGUCUCCUUGCAAGCAGCCUAAAGCGUCGCAAGUUGAGAAAUUCAUAUUGUUGAGUGAUGAAAGUGUUGCUGCUAAUGAUGGUUGUUCCAAGGCUGUGAAGGGGCGAAAGGGAGGUGCACUACGUAGUGUGUCUAAAUUGAAGCCUAGUUUGUAUGUGCUCUCUCCAUUCGAACGGGCAAAUCCCAGAGCUAAGAAAGCACAACCUUUGUACCGUGCUCCUCCCUUUGUUGUUGAGACACCAUUGACUCUGGAGGCAGUAAAGAUGCUUCAAUUUGCUUUUAGUAGUGAGUUUCCCGAA